GGUAAAUCUAACCCAAUCAGAUGCCGAGGUGACAGUAUAAAAACCUUGGCACAGUUUUUCCCGGCGCCAAAAGCGAAGAUGGAGCCGUCUAGAAAGAGAGUAAAAUUUACAAGCGAAGAAGUUGAAGUUUUGGUAGAUGAAGUUGAAAGGAGAAAAAGUAUUUUAUUCAGUAAAUUCUCAACUACAAUAACCAAUGAGUCAAAAAUUGUGAAAUUACGCUAAAUACAGAAACAAUAUGAGGGUGAUGAUUCACUGGAUAGGAAAAGGUGGUAACAAAAGAACGAAUCCCAGCAGCACAGUACCAAAUGCUGUAUUGGCAGGCAAUGAAGCCAAGGAGAGGUUGAGGAAUGUAAAGAUGAAUGGAGUCUCCGAAAGAAAGAGAAAUGGAAAGAACAAACAUAAAAUUUAAAAGCUACAGGAAAAAAAAGAAGAAGGGUUCAGCUACCUGAGUACCUAUAUAAAGAACUUUGUAGAGUGCUUGAGCAAGAGGAAAGUGCUUCCCUGUAAGGGACUGCCCCACAUCUGUUAUGGGGAGAGCAGAAAAAGGCUGCAAAUUUUGCAAAUUCAAAACAGAUGCGAUGGCACCCAAUGCUGGUAAAAUGGUGUCUUAAUCCUAAGUCAAUAUCCUCAUCUGCCUACGACUUCAUUAGGGAUUCGGGGUAUUUGUCACUGCCAAGUAGAAAGACUUUGGUCAGUGAUGGCGCUAGUCCAAAUGGCCAUUUGUUGGAACUCCUUUGCUCAACAUAGGAUAAGCAUGGAAAAAGUGGCUGGAAGAAUUUGAAGAGGAACUUACAUUGCAGAAAGUUUAAAUUGGAGACAAGAUAACAUGCCUGAAAGAGUAGUGAGGUAAAGAAAUACAAUGCAAAACACAAAAUUAAAUUACCACAAGAUAAUAGCCACAGAGAAAGAAUCAAAAAUGUUCAGAAAACUUAAUUUGCACAAAGUACUAAAAAAAACACUAUGCAUGUCACAUGCACUGCCAAGAAGAAAGACUUUGUACGAAUAUGACCAUUCUUCAGACAUCAGCAGUGGCAUCCAUCCAGAUACCACUGACAGGCUUUUGAAGGCAACGAAAUUUGACACACUCCAGGUGUACCAGAAGAUCAUCAGCUUACUCUAUGAUGAGGUAAAGAUAAAGACAGAUCUUGUGUAAAGUAAAAGCUGUGGAGAGCUUGUUGGCUUAGUAAACCUGGGGUCCUCGAACCACGAACUCAUGGACUUUGAGCAGUAUGUGGAUAAUGGCACACAAGAACAGAAAUUGGCCAUCCAUAUCCUAAUGUUCAUGGUCCUUCCCUGUUCCCUUUAUCCCUGUCAGGGAUUUACCUGCGGCCAAUUGUAUCCUGUUGUUUGGGACAUGAUUGGUACUCUGGAGAGCAUUGGUUUUAAAGUUAGGGCUGUGGUCAGUGAUGGCACCAAUGGAACUCCUUGGCUCAGCAUAGAAUAAGCAUGGGAAGAGUGGCUGGAAGAAUUUGAAGAGGAACUAACAUUGCAGAAAGUCUAAAUUGGAGACAAGAAAACAUGCCUGAAGAAAAUGGAGGUAAAGAAAUACAAUGUAAGAUACAAAAUUAAAACUUUACCUAUACCACGAGAUACAAGCCAAAGAGAAUGAAUUGAUAAAAAGUUCAGAGCACUUAAUUUGCACUAAGUACUGAAAAAAACACUAUGCAUAUCCUGGGCUCUGUAGCUCAGUCGGUAAGAGCAGUCGCACGGUUUGCAAGAGUCCCAGGUUCGAGUCCCGAUCAAGCCUUGGUGUUUUCUCCCCCCAAAUCGCUACAAAUUUGGUGGCAGCGGUGGGACCUCAAGUGUUCUCACGUCCUCUAGGUACUAUGGCAGGUGAAGAGACUUAUUUAAGCAGGAUAUACAGCCAUCCCAGACCAGUAACUAUACAGUGAAACAUUGCAUUUGGGAGUGCUAACCUAUGUCUUAGCCCGGUAGCGGACAACACACUGUUAUUUCCAGAUCCAAGGAGAAGGUUGCAAUACGAUUCUCCUGAACUUUGUAACACUAAUCCUUUCAGUAGUGCUCACACCAAUCCAUUUCUGAACAGCUAUGAUGAUCAGGGUGCUAGCCCCAACCCAUUCGUAAAUCAGGAGCCUGAGGCAGCUUCAACGAUCGCAUGGGAGAGAGCACCCCCAGCAUUUAGAUCAGAACAAGCCGAGUAUGUGCUUCAGAUACCAGAACGGCCUUUUAACCCCUUUAACCCUCUGCCGACCAGGGUUGAAACACGUAGAAGGGAAAAAUCAGUUCCUUCUAUUAAAGUCGGUACUUUUGACGGAAAAAUGUCUUGGGAUGAGUACAAGGCACAGUUUGAUAUAUGUGCUAUGGUUUAUCACUGGACAGAUGAAGAAAAGACGGGUCAUCUGGCAACCAGCCUGAGAGGUGAUGCUGCUCAAGUAUUGGGUGAUCUUCCAUUAGAGCACCGGUUCAACUAUGAAUUGUUAUCAAGAGCCCUAGAGAGAAGGUUUAGCCCCAAGAACAAAACAGAGUUCUACCGAGUGCAGGCAAGAAUGCGUAAAAGAAACCCUAAAGAGACACUAAGUGAACUGGCUCAGGCAAUUAGACGCUUAGUCAGCCUGGGCUGGACAACUGAGACUGCCGAGGUAAAAGACACGUUUAUGUGGGAGUACUUCCUUGAUGCGUUGGAUGACACUCGUCUGAGACUUGAUGUAAUGAGAUACCGACCCAAAACCAUUGACGAGUCCUUGGCCAUUGAAUUAUAAGCUUGCUUAGAUGCGGAGGCUGCUAGAGGGCGCCGACCCCACUUCGUACGCUCUGCGGCUGAAGUUGCCCUUCCUGACAGCACAGACCCGACCACUAAGAUGUUAGAUGAAAUGUCUCGCACCAUAGGCAAGAUUUCCUCCAAAGUAGAUUAGAGACCAGAGUGUUGCGUGACAGACAAAUCCCAUCGUCCUCUAGAGAUGUACAGUGCUUUAAUUGUGGU